GCGUGCGCAGAACAGCAGCCGGAAGCCGGAGUACGGCCGGGUGCGUGGGGUCCAUGAGGGUCGGCGGAGCCUUCCCGCCGGUGAAGUUGCAGAAGUACUGAGUCAAUGACCGGAAUCAGUAAUGGGCUUCAUGAGAGCCAACAAACUGAAGCUUAAUCCUGAUAAGGCACAGGUUUUGUAGGCUUAGUUCCCCCCCCCCCUUUCUGCGUGGAGCAAGCUGCCUUCAGAUUAUGUACAAUGGGACUCCGGAUUCACUUUGUUGUUGAUCCUCAGGGCUGGUUCUGUAUGGGCCUGAUUAUCUUUGUUUGGCUUUUCAACACGCUCUUCAUUCCAAAAAUUAUCCUCUUUCCACACUAUGAAGAGGAGCAUAUAUCACUGGUUACAAUACUGUGUUACUACCUAGUUGCAUUUUUCUGUGUUGCCUCAUUACUGAGGGCCUCAGUAGCUGAUCCAGGAAGACUACCUGAAAGCCCAAAGAUACCAGUUACAGAAAGAGACUUUUGGGAAUUAUGUAAUAAAUGUAAUAUGAUGAGACCAAAGCGUUCCCACCACUGCAGUCGAUGUGGACACUGUGUUAGGAAAAUGGACCAUCAUUGCCCGUGGAUUAAUAACUGCGUUGGGGAAGAUAAUCACUGGCUGUUUUUGCAGCUGUGCUUCUACACUGAACUUCUCAGUUCUUAUACGCUGCUACUUGAUUUCUGCCACUGUUAUUACUUUGAACCACUUAAAAAAGUUAAUUGGGAUAUAUUUGUAUUUAGACAUGAACUUGCCCUGAUAAGAAUAUCUACCUUCAUGGGCUUAAUAAUGCUGGUUGGAAUUACUGGACUCUUUUAUACUCAGUUGACUGGUAUAUUUAAUGACACUACAAGCAUAGAAAAACUGGCAAACUGUUGUGAAGACAUAUCGAGACCCCGAAAGCCAUGGCAGCAGACCUUCUCAGAAGUUUUUGGCACUCGCUGGAAGAUCCUGUGGUUUAUUCCUUUCAGGCAAAGGCGACCACUGAGAGUUCCCCACCACUUUGCCAAUCACGUCUAAACAGAUGGAUGGUGGGCACAGAUGGGUCCUCCAUGCUGGAAGUGUGUUGAAGGUUUUGUGAUAAUAGAACCAUGACAGUCCUCAAGCCAAUUAAAAUCUACCCACCAAUCUUAGACGUCACAA